CCAUUCCGUAAUCUUGAGGUAAAAUGGCGUCGGGUGCCAUUUCAACCGAGUGCAAGAAGAUAUCGGAAUUAAGAGUUGUUGAUCUUAAAUCGGAGCUCAAGCGAAGAAAUUUGGACACCUUUGGUGUGAAGAGUGUUCUUGUCGCGCGACUUAGACAGGCUAUUGAGGAUGAAGGUGGCGACCCAGAAAACAUUCAGCUCCAGCUCUCAGCUGAAACACCAACUCGCAAAGGCGGAAAAGCUAAAGGAAAGAAAGUGGAUUCGGAUUUGGACAACACCGUGGAAGAUGACAAUUUUUCCAAGGAGGCUGAAGAGUAUGAGUCAGAAAAGGAUGUAACUGAUACAGAUGAUGGUAUUCGUGAAAAUUCUAAGCCUCCACCCUGUGAGGACAGCCUCGCUCACUCUGAGGCUGAACCCGAGACAGACGCUGUGGCGGCUGAGGCUGAUUCAGAGCCUGAGCCAGAGGUGGACGCUGAGCCCGAGGUCGAUCCCGAUGCUGAACCAGACGCGGAUGAGGAUCCAGAGGUCGAGCCUGAAGUGGCUGAGAUGGAUGCUGAAGCCAUGAAUUCCUCUAAAGAAGCCGAGGAGGAUCACCUAUCCGUCUCAAUCCCAAAUGAAGAUGCCAUCACUCUGGAUGUUGAUGGUGACGACCUCCUGGAAACAGGUAAACAUGUGAAACUUCCAGAUCCAGAGGCAGAGAAGGGCAAUGAUGAGCCAGAGGCCUCUGCUGAGACGAGCCCAGAUGAUGACAUGAAGGCGGAAGAGUCGGAGGGCCACAAAGAUGGUAAGAAGGACGAUGGAUCCCGUGGCGAGCCCAUGAAGAAAGACGGCCGAGACGCCACGAAGAAAGCGGAAACGGGUGAUAAAGAGAAGGAUUCUGGGAAGAAAGGCCCCUGCACUACUGGGGCAUCAGGUCAAGCAAAGAGCUCUUCAAGAGACAGAGAUGGAAAAGGUGCAAAAGAUGAAAAGGGAGCUGUAAGCGGCAACAACACUGCCAGCUCGUCUCGUAACAUUUGGGUGAGCGGUCUUUCUUCAAACACCAAAGCAGCUGAUCUGAAGAACCUUUUUGGCAAAUAUGGCAAGGUUUUAAGUGCCAAGGUGGUUACGAACGCUCGCAGUCCUGGUUCGAAAUGUUACGGCUUGGUGACGAUGUCGUCCGGCACAGAGGUGGCACGCUGCAUCUCCCAUCUGGACUGCACAGAGCUUCAUGGACAGCAGAUAUAUGUUGAAAGGGCCAAAAAUGAUCCAUUCAAAAAGGAGCCCUCAAAGAAAGAAGCAGAGGAGAAGGCAAAUGAAAAGCGCAAUUCCACCGGGAUAAAGGCAACUAACAAGCCACAGGCGUCCUACAAAAAAGAAGACAAGAAAGCUGAUAAACUCUCUGAAAAGGACAAAGACAUAUCCAAGAAGCAAGAGGCCAGAAGCGGAAAAUCCAGCUCCGUUUCAUCUGGUUCAGGACACGAAGGUGCAAAGAAGGAUGACAGAAAGCAUGGCCGGGCAAAGAGCCCAAGCAAGAUGAUGGUGGUAGAUCACAACAAAGGAGAGUCUAAUUUUGGCAAAAUGAGACCUUUCAGAAGGGGAAAGUAUUUUGACAAACCUUUUGUUAACAUGAACUUUCAAAGACGGCCAAAAAGUUUGAUUCCUCCCGAGGAGCUGGAGAUGAUGAAAGAUAAAAUGCGACCUUUUAUGAAAAAGGGGGAGGAGCGGGACAUCUUACCUUUUGAGAAAAUUAAGGAGCAGAAGGAGCAGAGGAUGCGUGAAAGGAUGGCUCGUAUGGAGCGUGUCCGCAGAGCCGUGGAGUUGCGCAAGCGCCGUGAAAUUGCAGAACACGAACGUCGGGAGCGUGAGCGUAUCCGCCUGUUGCGGGAGCGUGAAGAGCGGGAGAACCUUCUCCGGGAGCGCCAGAGACUGGAGAUGGAGAGACAAAAACUGGAACGGGAGCGCUUGGAAAGGGAGAGGCUUGAGAGGGAGAGAAUUCGUAUAGAGCAGGAAAGGCGGAAGGAAGCGGAGCGCAUGGCUCGUGAGCGCGAGGAACUGCGGAGGCAGCAGGAGCAGCUUCGCUUUGAGCAAGAAAAGAGAAACAACCUGAAGAGAGGCCGUGAAGUGGAACACGGUCGACGAGACGACUCCUAUUGGAACGGCAACAAGAAGAUACAGCCCGAGUCUGACGCCCGUUUGAAUCAAGGCUCAAACUACAACAGGCAGCAAAACCGCUUUACAAACUUCACUCCCCGAGAGAGAGGCCGGUUCCCCGAGACCGCCAGCCAACCACCCAACACGUAUGACAGACGAAACCGGUUUGACGGCGAGCCUGAGGUGAAGAAGAGUCGGCCUGCUCCUCACAGAGAAGGCUCCGGCUUUGAUCGCUACCACAAAAACUUUGAAACGGUCCGCAGAGCUGAGCCGCCACCACCUCCACGCGCUGAACUUCGGGACACCGACCGCCGGGACAGAGACGACAGACGCCCCGCUCCCAUGCACGAUCGUCCUAUGGGAGCAAGAGGUGCAAUGCCGGGCAUGUCGCACAAUCGCGCACCGAGGGAUGGAGGGCACGGAUGGAAGAAUGACGGCGGGAUAAACUCCAAUAAGGGAGAUAUGCGCGGGCCUAUGCGCAUGCGUGCAGAGCGAUCGGGCAGGGAUGGCCCAGGUGUCGGUCCAGGUGCUGCUCUCAGAGGAGGCCACUCCAUCAACCGUGAAAGGAGCUUUAAUGAUCGAGAUGAAAGAAGACCCAUGGUGAUGAGUGAUCAGCCUUUCAGCUCGGGUCGCCAGGUCGUAGUGGAACGUCACGGCAGGGAGCAGGGCAUGAGGAAGGAGUGGCACGGUGGCUCAAGCUCCCAGGGUGGAGGCUUUUCCGAUAAUCGCAGGAUGGGGGACUCUCGGAGCACCAUGAUGCCGCCUUCCAGUCACUCUUCGUCUGGAAUGAGCCGAAUUGUACAGAUCACCAACAACUCCAUUCCCAGUGGCGGCACUGUGGGCGGAUUCAAAACCUUCAAAGGAACGCCGCGGCAGUUCUAACCACAGCCACAAAUCUGCAACAUGAAAGCUCCUGAAGAUCUGAAGACUUUUCUGAACUUUAUUUUUAGAAUAUCAGCUUUUUGGAUUUUUUUUCUGUCUUUUUUUGGCGGCACGUUUGUGCACACAAGGUUGAUGACACUAUUUUAUUUUGUAUAGACAAGUGUACCUCAGUGUAGGGUUUUUUCCUGACAGUUUUGCUGUUACCAUUACACAACCCUGUGCACAUGUUUUAAUAAUAUUUAGAAACCUUAUUGUACAGCACAGAGUCUUUGUAACAAGUUUUCAAGUGAUGUUAAGACUUCUCUUAUUGAGUGUUCUCUGUACAUUUUCAGUAGCCUAGCGUCACACUCAAUUUUCCUGUGUAAUAUGUCUUUAGCGUAUUAUAGAACCCGGCAUGAAGGGAUAAUUGACUCAUUUGGAAGUUUCACAGAUGACGAAAAGAAAUCUUUUUUUGAAAAGUCAUUUUUGCUGUGGAUGUCCUGUUUUUGUAAAAGGAAUGAUUAUAAACCUGUAAAAGAGCCUGCAUUGUAGCUAAAUACCUCUCAUAGACCAUGAAUUGAAUCACAGACAGGUCUGUGUGUCUAAACUAAAAUUUGACUUUCAGGUCAAACUGCAGGGCAUUCAGUGGAGGUAAACGAGCCUUUUAAGGGCACACGUGGUUUUUGUUUGCUCAUUGUUAUUUCAGUGAAAUUUGAACAUUUGCUUUUAAGCUCGUUUUCUUUUCUUUUCUUUUUUUUCCUUUUUUUAGAACUUGUAUUGUAGAGACAUCCUGUGUCCAUCAUUGAACUCUCUUAUGCUAGCAGGAAGUACCAGUGUAGAAGGUUUGAAUCUGAAAAAGUGCACAAGAUGGGUAAAACCUGCCCUUUGAAGGGACAUCAUACUGUAUGUAGACUGUAAGCUUCGUGUCAACUGUGACUAAACCAACAUCUUGCCUCUG